UCUCCUGCGACGGCAGGCCCCGCAACUACGGCUAAAGUGAGAGCCUCAGCGUGCAGGAUGGCGGAGGUUCCAGGGACGUCGAGUGAGACGAUCACUGAGACGGUCUCCACCAGCACCCCGCCACCGCCCCAACAGGAGGGCAGAAGCCUCACUAUCAAACUGCGGAAGAGAAAGACCGAGAAGAAGGUGGAGUGGUCCAGCGACACGGUGGACAACGAACACCUCGGCAGAAGGUCUUCAAAAUGUUGCUGUGUGUACGAGAAGCCCAAGCAGUUUGGAGAGUCAUCUUCUGAGAGCGAGGGGGAUGACGACGACGAGGGCUGCGGCAGCGCACAUUGCAUCCUUGGUCACAGCAGGGGCGGCCACGCACAGACUGGUGGCCCUGGCACAACGGGCCCCCAGGGCUCUGGGGGGUCCCACGCCCACUAAUGCCCUAAGGUGCUGGGGUCACACCUGACCACGGCAGCGACAUACAUGACACUGCGCUCACUUCUGUUCGGUACGGUUACACUAUGUCACGAGUCCCUUAUGCAGCCAGAGUUAGGAGCCCUCGUGGCUUCAAAAAGGCGCCACCUAGCUAUCUUACUUUGUUGAGGGGGUGCACAAGUAAUUGUGUAUAUAAUUGAUUCAAAUUCUCCUUUUUCUUCUGAAAGAUGACCUUAUUUAUUUGCUUGUAAUGAUGCUUUAUUUGGUUAUACCCACCAUGCAGUGGCUAUAGUAUGUGUUGUAACUUUGAAAUGACCGGGUGAGUUGCCGCUCUUUUGGUCGUUUUCUUUUAAAAAGUCCAUGGAAACCCUUUCACUAUUAACUGAGGGAAAUCCGAUACAAACCUGAUGGUCUUACUCUUAAACAGUCAACCUUCUAAACACUGUCUAAAAUAAAAUUUUGACUAGGGAUGCACCGAAAUGAAAAUUCUUGGCCGAAACCGAAAACAGAAAUACUUCUCGGCGAAUUUUCGGCCGAAAAUUCGGUGCAUCCCUAAUUUGGACUACCUAUUGUAGUUAAAGCACCGUAAAAUAUAUUUGAAUCAUUGGUCAAUUUAUCAAAUCUGUAUUAUAUGCUCCCAUUUCCGGCAACUCCAUGUGCCAUGUAAAGUUUGUCUGAGCAAAUAAUAUUUUUUUUCAUUGUCAAAUUAUGUUGCUUUUAAUUCGCAUUUUAGUAGGCAUUUUCCAAUCCUGUGUAGACAAUCUACGGUGUGUAAAGACAGAUGGAGAUGGUUGUCCUAGGUGUCCAGUCUCAUGCCAAGGAGCUCAAUCACCAUGCAGCACUGAGGGAGAUCAAGGUGACUGAUGCCCUUUGCUUUUCCAUGAGACAUUUGAAACAGGACAGAAGAAUGUCAUCAACCAGGGUGUUAUAUUUUGAAGAGGCUGGAACACAUUUGUGCUUUUGUUCCAGCACAACUGUGUGGAUGAGUCAGUAAUACCUUUAAUCUGUUUGUGCUGUUCUAUUUUUGAAGACACUCGCCAAACAUUGCCAUUAAUCGCCCCAGCAUGGUUAUGAAGAAUUCAACAUUGCAGUAUUAAUCUGAAAGCUGUCUAUUGCGCUGGAGGCUGGUGAUUUGUGUGCUUUUAGUGCUGUGUACUUCAGAAAAUAAAUUCAGGAUUGACAAGUGAAUAAACAAGCAGCACUUCUAGGGUUUCAAUUCUUUGUUCUACAAAUUCUAAUGGGAUAAAAACAGCAACGCUUUGGGUGCAUGGCUGGCUAAACCAAUGAAAACAACCCUGUUCAUGUUUGAUAUCUAACCGUGGAUUGCAUAAAUGUCAUACACAUCGUCACCAAUGAACAUUGUACUUGUAACACAUGUAUAUACCAGAAUAAAAUCUAGAGCGGGUUUAAAGUGAAUAAAGGUUUUGAACUGAAA